AAGGCCGCGCUCGCCAGCCUCGGCGGGGCGGCUCCCGGCGCCGCGACCAAUGGAUCUCCUCCUCUGUUUAAAUAGACUCGCCGUGUCAAUCAUCUUCUUCUUCGUCAGCCUCCCUUCCACCGCCAUAUUGGGCCACUAAAAAAAGGGGGCUCGUCUUUUCGGGGUGUUUUACGCCCCCUCCCUUCUCUCCACUCUCUCUCUCCGCGGCGCGGCUCCGACGGCGCAAGGUUUGGAGAGCGGCUGCUUGCGGAGACCCGCGGACUCGCUCCGGCCUGGACUUGGACCGGCCGGGUCACCCCUCCCCGCUCCUCCCCUCCCCUCCCCGCCCUCCUGCGCGCCCGCACUCCUGAUCGGCAGCGGCGGCGGCGGCCUGGGCUGCGCGGCCGGGGCGUCCCCGCUCGGCUCCCGCACCCUGCGCGCCCCCAGGAGCGCGGGCGGCGACUGGUCUGGGUCCAUCUCCCCGGGCUCUGAGCGCAUUCGCGGGGCUCCGCAGCGUCGGAGCGUUGGGCUGCGUUCGGUUUUGUUUUGCGGAGAGCGCGCGCUAGAGAAGAGGCGGCGGCGGGGUCCAGACCCGGUACGGGGCGAGAUGUCCAACGUGCGCGUGUCCAACGGGAGCCCAAGCCUGGAGCGCACGGACGCCAGGCAGGCGGAGCACCCCAAGCCCUCCGCCUGCAGAAACCUCUUCGGCCCGGUGAAUCACGAAGAGCUGACCCGGGACCUGGAGAAGCACUGCAGAGACAUGGAGGAGGCGAGCCAGCGCAAGUGGAAUUUCGACUUCCAGAAUCACAAGCCCCUGGAGGGCAAGUACGAGUGGCAGGAGGUGGAGAAGGGCAGCUUGCCCGAGUUCUAUUACCGACCCCCGCGGCCGCCCAAGGGCGCCUGCAAGGUGCCGGCGCAGGAGAGCCAGGACACCGGCGGGGUCCGCCCCGCGGCGCCGGUGGCCGCGUCCCAGGCCAGCUCCGAGGACUCGCACCUGGGGGACCCAAAGACUGAGCAGUCCGACGGUCCCACGGCCUUGGCCGAGCAGUGCGCGGGGAUGAGGAAGCGACCUGCCACAGACGAUUCUAACCCUCAAAACAAAAGAGCCAACAGAACAGAAGAAAACGGUUCCGACGGUUCCCCGAACGCCGGCUCUGUGGAGCAGACGCCCAAGAAGCCGGGCCUCCGAAGACGUCAGACGUAAACAACUCGACGUAAUGAAUAUGUUUCCUUGUUUAUCAGAUACACCACAGCUUGAUGAAGCAAGGAAGCUAUCCAUGAAAAAUUUAAAUACAUAUCGCUGACUCCAUGGAAUGGACAUCCUGUACAAGCACUGAAAAGCAACAACACAAUAACACUAAAAUUUUAGGCACUCUUAAAUGAUCUGCCUCUAAAAGCAUUGGAUGUAGCAUUGUGCAAUUAGGUUUUUCCUUAUUUGCUUCAUUGUACUACCUGUGUAUAUAGUUUUUACCUUUUAUGUAGCACAUAAACAUUGGGGAAGGGGAGGGUUGGGUGGGGUUGCAGAAUUGGCAUGGGUGGGUAUGAAGAGCUUGCUUCAAUUUAUAGCAAGGAGAAAAAUAUUUGACUUGCAAGAAGAGAAGCAAUUUGGUGGAAAGGGUUGAAUUGUUUUCUUUAAAGAUGUAAUGUCCCUUUCAGUGAAAAGUGAUACUUCGUUUUUAGAAUCAUCAAAAUUUGAACACUGGCUACAAAUAGUUGCUAUUUAUUUUUACAUGAAGCUUCCUCUUAUUUGGGACCUCUGAUUUUGUUAAGUAGCAGCAAAUGGCGUUUUUUUUUUUUUUUUUUUAAAGCAACAAAAUAUCCCAGUGCUUCCCCCAAGUCUCCUUUAAAGUUGGAAUUUACCAGUUAAUUAUUCAACAGUUUGGUAAUAACUUGAGGAAAUUCUAGACAAAAAACCUGGUACAGAUGGGGGGAUUCUUAAUGCCCAAAAUUGACCCAUCUAUAUUUGUCACACUGGCUGAGAACAUUUCUUAAAUUUUCGUUUCACUUUGGGCUGUGUAGACAGUCAAAAUAAUUUUAAAUCCCUGGAUAUUUUUAAAGAUCUGUAACUUCACACCGAAAAAUAAUGAAAUAAUUUUUAAUUUAAAGCUUCUCCUCCUAUUUCUUAAUCUGCCCAAAAGAAACAUGGUGUUUCUAAAGAAAGGCCCAUGUAUGGAAAAAAGCAUACUUGGGGAGUAAGUGAAAUGGAUACUACAUCUUUAAACAGUAUUUUUUCAUUGCCUGUGUAUGUGUAUGAAACAAAACCAUUUGAAGUGUACCUGUGUACAUAACUCUGUAAAGACACUGAAAAAAUUAUACUAACUUAUUUAUGUUAAAAAGAGAUUUUUUUUUAAUCUAGACAAUAUACAAGCCAAAGUGGCAUGUUUUGUGCAUUUGUAAAUGCUGUAUUGGGUAGACUAGGUUUUUUCCCUUCUUCUGUUAAAUAAUAUGGCUGUGCUUAAAAAGUUGCAUACUGAGCCAAGUAUAAUUUUUUGUAAUGUGUGAAAAAGAUGCCAAUUAUUGUUACACAUCAUGCAAUCAAUAAAGAAAACUUCCAUAGCUAUUCA